AUGCCGAAACGAAAAGCAAAUUCAUUGCCAGCACAAGUAAAGGCUGUGAGAAGUGCCCGGUUACACACUCAGAGACCACUUGGCAGACCGGAUAUAGUUCGCUGCUUCCAAGUCACAGUCAGUUCUACCGGAGGUGGAAACACAAUGUCAAGGAUAAAUCCUGUCGGUCUCGUCCCAAAGCGGACCGGUGGAUUUCGUCUGAUUACAAAUUUGUCAUUUCCGGCUGGUAUCAGCGUGAAUGAUUACAUUGACCCAGAUUAUAAGCACGUGACAUAUUCUUCGUUUGAUAAUGCUGUAAAUAUGGUUCAAAAACUUGGAAAAUGUGCAUUUAUGGCGAAAGCCGAUAUUUCGUCAGCAUUUAAUUUGUGCCCAAUUUGGCCAGGCGAUUUUGAUUUGCUUGGCAUUAAAUCAGAUGAAGGGUAUUGGAUACAAAAAACAUUACCAAUGGGAGCGUCUUGUUCCUGUUUCAUUUUCGAAAAAUUUUCAACUUUUAUUGAGUGGUUGGCCAAAAAGGAAGCAAAGUCUGAUUAUUAUGAUCAUCUUUUAGAUGAUUUCAUUAUGAUGCAUAAUUCGUUCGAUAACUGUCAGUUUCUCAUGUUAAAUUUUUUAGAAGUAUGUGCACGCCUUAAUGUUCCAUUAAGCAAAGACAAAUGGGAGGGUCCAGUAAAAAUUAUUACGUAUUUGGGUUUGGAGAUUGACGCGUGCGAACAAAUGAUACGCGUACCGCAGGAAAAAAUUGAUAAAGCAAAAUCGGCAUUAUUAUCUUUGAUUGAAAGUAAAAAGGUUACGCUGCAACGGCUGCAAGCGCUUACCGGUUUGUUAAACUUUUUAGCUAAAGCGUUACCGUCUUGGACAGCAUUUAUUCGCAGGUUCUAUGAUAGAAUGUCGAAAGUGAAAAAAUCAUUUCACUUUGUUAGGGUCUCUAAGGAUAUGAGAGACGACGCUUAUACUUGGUUACAAUUUCUUGAAGAGUUUAACGGUACACGAAUAUUUAAUGAGUCCGAAUGGUUUGAAAAUGACGUUCUUGAGUUAUAUACGGACGCUGCUGGAAACAAAAAUAUGGGAUGCGGUUGUUAUUUCAAUGGCUCAUGGUCUGUAUUUAAAUGGCCCCAAACCUGGGAGGAAAACAUAUUUAAAGACAUUACAUAUUUAGAACUUAUUCCAAUCCUUCUAGCGUUACAUAUCUGGGGUCGGUUGCUAGAAAGGAAAAAGAUAAUAUUAAGGACUGAUAACGCUGCCCUUGUUGAUAUUCUGAAUAAAAAAUCAUCAAGGAACAAGAAUGUCAUGGUACUCAUACGUUCUUUAGUCUUGAUAACUCUCAAGAGAAAUAUUCAAGUAAAAGCAAAGCACAUUCAUGGUAAACGUAACAAAAUUUGUGACUCUAUUAGUCGUUUUCAGUGGCAAAGACUUCACAGACUUCUGCCGGACUCCGCGUCAAGGACGCCAUGCUUGAUCCCGGACUCUUUCCUUCAGACAUUGCGCUUGAACGUGAAGUAG